AUGGCGAGAAAAAAAAGUUUUUCUGUUUUUCCAUUUUAUCUUUUUGAUGAAAACCGAAAAAGAAAAUUCCAUUAUAUAUCAUUUAAAUUACUUUGCUUAAGUUUAUAUAUAAUUGGAUUUUAUUAUGUUUUUCUAAAUACAUCAUUAGAAAACAAGGGCCUAGAAAAUGUUAAAAAUGGAAAUAUAUAUGAACGAAAUUUAGGUGAAGCACAAACAAAAAAUAAGGGACCAAAAUGGAAAAGAUAUUUAAAACUUAAAAAUGAAGAUGUAAAUAAAACAAAACACAAUACAAAUAAUAUGAAAUGUAAUGAAGAAAAAGUAGAGGAAAAUAAACAUAGUACUAAUAAUGAUAUGAAGAAUAAUAAUGUGGAAAAUAAAAGUAAUAGUUCUAUGAAUAAUAUAAAUUAUAAUGAUAUGUCAAAAACUUUAACAGAAAAGGAAUUAUUUGAUGUUUUAAAUUCAUUAAAAGAAUGCCCUCCCAAAGAAGAUCUUAGAAAUAUAUGGAAUCACACACUUGGUGUUGCAAAAGAAGGUUUGGAUAAUAUAAAAGUAAUAUUUCAAUAAGUAAUAAAUAAAAGUAAUAUUUCAAUAAGUAAUAUAAAUUAUAAUGACAUUUCAAAGAGUUUGACAGAAAAGGAACUGUUUGAAGUGCUAAAUUCAUUUGAAGAAUGUCCAUCAAAAGAAGAUCUUAGAAAUAUAUGGAAUCACACACUUGGUGUUGUCAAAGGAGGUUUUGAUGAUAUGCAGAGAGAGUUAAAGGGAUUAAUACAAAAAUAUUUAGAUAGUGAUGUUUAUAAUAAUAGGGGAAUUGGGUUAUAUGAGACUAUUUGGAAAAAAAAUCUUUUUAGUCUUUCUGAAAAAAUAGCAACUGAAGAAGUAAAAUACACUAAAAACUUUUAUAACUUAAUUAAUGGUAAACAUACAAUUGAUGAUAUAUUAAAAUUUAUUUAUUCGUUCUUAGAACAUUUCAAAACAUUAAAAAAGGAAUUACACCAAAAACAGCAAAAGGAACUUUUAGCUGAUGUUGAACGAGAAUGGUAUAUACGGGAACAAUGUAGAUUACGUGGAUAA